GACUAUUACAGAUGCUAAGCUUACUCAUGGGAUUCUUCGCCAUAUCUGUUCCAGCUACACUGUCCAUAUCUUUGCGUCAGGCUCAGCUUUUGUUGAGGAAUCCACAUGCUUUCCCAUAUUUAAUGUCACCAUUAGAUCCUCCAUCCUCAUCCGAAGCAGAUCUGCCUGAAUCUCCCCCUCCUCACGACGAUCCUUUGACCUCUUUUCGUCGCAGAAAAUUGCUCAAGAGAAUCGUCAACAAAGUGGAAGAAAUGCCUCCUUGUCAGCGUCAGUGUUUGAAUUCCCUGUACGACAGAAUAGGAAGUGUUCUGUCCUCGAAAAAUUACGCCGACAAAUACCAUAAAACCUGCUCAGCGUAUAAACAUGCAAGAAAGUGUGCGAAAAAGCAACAAGAGCUUUGCAACGAAAGUGGAGAGAUGUUCACGAUGUUCACGUCUGGUAUUCGUUACAUGUGCAUUGAGCAAAGCAAAGCUUUUGAGGCAAAUCUAGAAUGCAUCGAGCGCAGUGCUUUCAUGAUUCAAGGACAAUGCGAGCAUCAGUGCCGAACAACGGACUCCCCGAUCAACGCAAUCAGCUUAUUCACAUACUUGCAAAACUCCGGGUUGAUAAAUCCCAUAGUUGAUAUGGGUGGAGGAACACAGCAAGAUAUGUUUGACUCGAGGAGUGAUUUCGAUGAGAUCACCUACAGUGCCUGCAUACAAGCUGAAUGCGCAUUGGUAUGCAUGGAAGGGAAAUACGACAUGUUCUGUGAGCAUAGCACUGGAAUGCUGUUAUCUGAGGCAAUAGUCCGUCCUUUGGCGUGGAGCCAGCGGAUGUUCCAGCAGGAAUACCGUGCCCUUGGCAUGAUGCUCCCAGAGAGUUGCAAGUUUCUUUCAGACGGCACGCGCAUGAUUCGCCACCGAAUGGAUGCAUCCAUACACGCUGACUUGCUGAGAAAGUUUGGAACAACCGACGAAGAAGAAGGCCCUGAAGACGCAGAUUUCGCCGAAGAAAAAUCAAAUAAUGAUUCACCCACCUAUGGUGACGUAGACGUAGAAGAACUUGGCACCAGCGCAAAUCACUUCGAUGUCUCUGGCAAAAACACGACAAUGGAAAGCGAGGAACGGAGAAUUGUCUUUAGAGUGCCUUUAGCUACCACACCAACUUACUCAGUAUUAACCGCAAACACAACAGGUGUCCUUCACUGCGGUGUCGUUCGAAGGCAAGAAACUUAAUGGAUCUUACAUUUAAUCCGCCCUCUUUGCAGAGUUGGACUUUUUGAUUUUGAUUUUUGAUUUUUUGAUUUGAUUUUGAUUUUUGAUUGAUUGAUUUUUUGCGCAUUCUAGAUUUUAAUAAAAGUAUAGUCGUUCUAAAUUCUUUAUGCCAAUUUUAUCAUGAAGUUCGAUG